CCUUAAUCCGAUAAAACAACAUUUUCAGCUUCUUAGAUCUCGCCCGCGAUCCCCUUUCGUACAGUCUCCGGCGUUUUUCCGGUAUAUUUCCGCCGUGUAGUUCCGUUUUUUUCGAUCACAGAUCGUGCGGCACUGACUGUUUCAAUUGAAGAUAAAUAGCUAAACGGUGUCGAGCUUAAAUUUCCACGGCUGAUUGUAACGUUUGCAAUCGGUGAAGUUGUACUGUAGUUGAUGUUGAAUAAUCAAGCUCUUGAUGACACAACAUACAUUUUGACGUGCAUACUGAAUCGAACAGUUAAACGAAGUGCAGAAACCAAACUUGAGUGAUAAAGUGAAAGGAAAGAAACAAAAUGAAUCAAGGAUUUUGGAUGGCGAAGGGUGCUGGGUGUUUAAAUGAUAAUGAGAUGGCUUAUGAUAAUUCUUCUAGAAUUGAUCCCAAGCGUUCUCAUCAGUGGUUCAUGGAUGGUCCAGAGGCUGAGCUUUUCCCCAACAAGAAACAGGCGGUUGGAGUUCCAAGCAACAACUUAUUCUCAGGAUUGUUAAACUCAAAUGUACCUCCAUGGAGCCAUGCUUCCAGUUUUCACUCAAUCCCUGGCCAUUAUAGUGAACGCUUGUUUGAUUCUCCGGCAUCCAGGGCUGUCGAUUUUGAUGACCGAAACAUCUCAUCAGUUAGUGAAGAAAAAAUUGAUCCGGGGAGAAAGGCUAGUGAAGAUUUAUUUGGUAAUGAUUCUUCCUUUGGUUUAUCUAUGUCACAAACACUGGAAGAUCCUCGAUCAGGUCCAAGUUAUAGUGGGAUCAGAAAAGUGAAGGUCAGCCAGGUUAAGGAAUCUGAGAAUAUCAUGGCUGUAUCAAUGGGAAAUACAUAUGAUACAGUGGAUAACAACACCAUGUCGGUGGCUCAUGCAUACAAGCCAGAUGACAGUUCUAUAUCUAUGGGACUUGCUUAUAACAAAGGGGAUGGCAGUAUUAUGUCUAUGGGGGACACCUAUGUUAGGGAGAAUAACAUUUUCAUAUCAAUGGGGCAAUCUUAUAACAAAGGUGAUGAUACCAUGCCAAUGGGUCAAACGUACAGAGAGAAUAAUGAUACCAUACCAAUGGAUCACACUUUCGGCAAGGGAGACAACAAUAUUAUUUCCAUGGGUCAAUCCUACAACAAGGUACAUGAGAACUCCAUGUCAAUGGGUCACCUUUAUAACAAAGGUGAUGAAAGUACCAUAUCAAUGGGUCACAACUAUACCAAGGAAGAAAGCAAUAGUUUAUCUAUUGGUCAGUUGUACAAUAAGGGUGAGAGUACUAUCAUAUCCUUUGGUGGAUAUGAUGAUGAUGAUGAUGCAAAUCCCUCGGGAAGGCUUUUAUCCAGUUAUGAGAUGUUGAUGGGCCAAUCUUCUGUCCAUAGUUCAGAAGUAUUAAAUCAAAAAGAUUUGGUUAAGUCAAAUGCAGACACACUUGUAUCUAGUGACCAUAUAACUGUUCCUGGUGCUGAAAAUAACUCAAGAAAGAAAGAGGACUCUAAAACAUCUAAGAAAGUCCCCUCAAACAACUUCCCUUCAAAUGUCAGAAGUUUGCUAUCAACUGGUAUGCUGGAUGGAGUACCUGUAAAGUAUAUUGCUUGGUCUCGAGAGAAGGAGCUCGGUGGUGUUAUAAAAGGUUCCGGGUAUCAAUGUAGCUGUCAGUCGUGUAAUUACUCUAAGGUUAUUAAUGCUUAUGAAUUUGAGCGACACGCUGGUUGCAAAACAAAACACCCAAACAAUCACAUAUACUUUGAAAAUGGGAAGACUAUAUAUGGCAUUGUCCAAGAACUAAGGAGCACUCCGCAGAAUAUGUUGUUUGAAGUUAUUCAGACAAUAACUGGUUCACCCAUUAACCAGAAGUCCUUCCGUCUUUGGAAAGAAUCUUUUCUGGCUGCAACUCGUGAGCUUCAGCGUAUAUAUGGAAAAGAUGAGGGGAAGCAAUUGUGAUAAAGCAGUUUUGUCCAAACUGUAAGGUAUAGUAUCUUUGUUUUGUGCAUAGGAGUGAUCUUUUUGGCAACACUAUUGUGUUAAUGGUGAUUGCACCCCUGACGGACUUGAUUUUUUUUCUUUUAUAAAUAUAUAUAAUUUGGGCGUUAGAGAUCAUGGUGAAAGUAGAUCAACCUUACACACUGGCCAGAAUUUAAUUAAGGAUUAGGAUCAAUUUGAAAAUGUGUCACUCGUCAUCGGAAAGAAAGUUCUUUUUGUAACUUUUAGGGCACUUGGUCCUCUUUUUCCUUGAUAUUUAACAUAUAUGAAUUGCAUC